AUGCCUUCUGGAAAAUCAAAGAGCCCGUCGGCCAACAAAGAGGACCAGGCUGUCCAUAGCACCAUCGUGAGCUUUCAUGGCCAGGGAGCCCUGCAGACCAGAAAAGCCAUCCCAAAUGCCCCUGCCACUAACAUCCCAUUCCGCCCGAAUAGUCUCGUUGCUUUCUCAUCUCCGACCCCAGACUUCUUGAAGGGCAAGCCAGGGCCUGUGAUAAUUCCUCGCCGCCGAUGGACUGAUGUGACACUUCGAGGAUGCUGGAAUGCGAUACAAAAGCAACACAACCCGGCUUUUAUCUGGUUGAUGUCAUGCCGCAAUGUGUCACCUAACAAAGCAACAGGCCAUUGGGUUGGAGCACUCGUGGAUUUGAAAACCCGAACGAUCCAUGUAGUUGACAGUCUUGUUGCCGGCAGGCAAGCCAGAAGUGAAGCCCUGGUAGCGCAGUACUGCGAGGCUUGGGACAAAGCUGAGCUGCCAGAGCCCGCAAUAAAUGAUGCUUAUGGAUGGCAGCUGUCUGAUCAGAAGGACGGCUGGAGUUGUGGGUUCAGAGUGCUAGACUGGUUGCACAAAUUCGUGUGUGAUCCGGCCGCUGUUAAGCAGCUAGGCCAAGGCAACUGGGAGUCUGCAGAUGAUCUACGACGCCGGUGGGCUAAGCAAAUUGCUGGAUGGGUAGGCAUCAGCAUCUCAUUCAACGAGGACUCUGAUCAGUCACAAAGACCCUCGAACCCCAAACCCAUUACUCAACCUUCGAGACCCCAGAGGGGGCAAUCCCUUUCAGCACCUCGCGCCCGCCAACCCAUUGACAACGGGCGAGAGCCGGCUGUCCUCGAUACGAGUGACAUUGCAAGGCCGCCUGUGGGGACGCAGCGCAGGGACAGCUUGAUUGCAGGGCGGUGGAAUACGUAUGUACGGUGGAAGGACGACACCGCUGUCACAGUUGGGGGCAGGCCUUUGCCUUGGUUCCCGAACCAAUGGAAAGGCUGGGACGCCUAUGAGGCCCAGUUGGCUGACAACGAGCGAGCUGCAAAGGGGGCAUCACAAUCCCAGGUGGACAAACGAGCAGUGACAGCAGUAAAGAGGGGACGAAGUCCAACACUGCGAUCGCUGGGAGAAGGGGAAUUUUUGUAGUCAUACAGGUUCGAUUGUCUCUGAGGACAGAGAGACGAACCUGGGGGAGGAAUGUAGCGGGGUAAGGCCGGAC